AUGGCUUCUCGGGCUGCUCCGCUGGUGUUUCCGGCGCUGAGCCGACACACGGCCACGGUCAUCUUCGUCCACGGACUGGGCGAUAGCGGUCAUGGCUGGGCCGAUGCCGUGCAGCUGUGGCAGAGGAAGCACAGGCUGGACGAGGUGAAGUUCAUCCUGCCAAAUGCGCGUGUCAUGCCCAUUACAGUGAAUGGAGGCUACCCCAUGCCUGCUUGGUUUGAUGUCAAAUCUCUUGGCGCUUCAUCGAACAUGACCCUUGACGAGAGGUCUCGCGAUACGGAUGAAGCUGGUAUCCUCGAGUCUCGCGCCUACCUCUACUCUCUCAUCCAGAGUGAAGUUUCACAGGGCAUCUCCUCUGAUCGCGUUGUGCUGGGCGGCUUUUCCCAAGGCGGCGCCAUGAGUGUCUUCUCCGGCAUCACAGCUCCCUUCAAGCUGGCUGGCAUUGUUGGCAUGUCCUGCUGGCUACCUCUCAGCCACAAGUUGAAAGAGUUCAUCCCGGGGACCAAUUUCAACCAGGACACGCCCAUCUUCAUGGGACACGGCGAUGCGGACCCGACCGUUCUGUAUGAGUGGGGUACAGCUACUGAGCAGAGACUCAAGGACCUCAACUAUGAUGUGAAUCUAGAGACAUAUGGGGGCAUGGGACACUCUGCCUGUAUGGAGGAGUUUGAAGACGUCGAGUCUUUCCUCGUUUCGAAGCUCCCUGCGAAAGGUAGUGCUUAA